AUGCGGGCCCGGGCGGCGGGGACGGCGGUGACGGCGCGGGAGCUCUGCGAGAACGAUGACCUGGCCACGAGCCUCGUGCUGGACUCGGUGCUCGGCUUCCGAACGCACAAAAUGGGCGUCAGCCCGUUACCGGCGCUGCGGCGCCGGGCCCAGCUCCGCGCGGCCAUCGCCGCCUUCCGGCAGCGCCGGGACCUCGAGGCCGCCUGGCGGACGCUGAGCGGGGCCUGGGCCCCCGCGUUCUUCCGCCAGCGGCGCCCGGCGCAGCGGGCAGCGCUCAAAAACCACGUGUUCCGGUACCUGCGGACGCUCCUGCCCGAGAGCGGCUUCAGCAUCCAGCGCUGCACCCGCUACAGCCGCGACACCAACGGCGCCAGGGUGGUGGCAACGCGCACAUGGCAGAAACACGAGACGCUGGAGCUGCUGGGCGGCUGCAGUGUGGAGCUGCGGGGCUCGGACCGGGCGCUGCUGCGGGCUGGGGACAACGACUUCAGCCUCAUGUACUCCACCCGCCGCAGGAAAACCCAGCUGUGGCUGGGGCCGGCCGCCUUCAUCAACCACGAUUGUCGGCCGAACUGCAGGUUCGUGUCGGCGCCGGGCGGGGCGCGGGUGCAGGCGCUGCGGGACAUCCCCCCCCGGGCAGAAAUCACCUGUUUCUAUGGCGACGGCUUCUUCGGAGAGGGCAACCGCGGCUGCGAGUGCCGCACCUGCGAGAGGCUCGGCAAGGGCGCCUUCCGUGGCCGCGGGGGGGGGAGGGGCCAAACCGAUGUGCGCAUGCGCCGAGGGGCGGGGCCAACCCAGUCCGGGACGCCUGACCGGAAACGGCGCCCCCGGAACCGGAAGCGCGACCGGAACCGGAAGCGGCGCCCCCUCGCCGGAGCCGGGCGCCCCCUGGCGGCGCAGCCCCGCGUGUCCCUGCACGACUGCGUGUCCUGCGGGGGGCGCUGCAAGCUGCGGGCCGGGGUCCCCGUGGUGCGGCUGCGGAGCCGCCCCGAGCCCCCCAGGGCCGCCCCCAAAGCGGCCGCGGCCCCGGCGGAGCCCCCAGACCCAAAACUGUCCCUGUACGCCCACGUGCGCCUGGGGGGCAGCGCCCCCAAACCCGGCCCGGGGAGCCCCCCCCGGCUGCGGCUGGUGGUGACACAGGGGGGGCUGCAGCUGGCGCUGCCCCCGAACCAGGCGUGA